AUCCUGUCAAAGGCCUGCGACUACAUCCGGGAGCUGCGCCAGACCAACCAGCGCAUGCAGGAGACCUUCAAGGAGGCCGAACGGCUGCAGAUGGAUAAUGAGCUCCUGAGGCAACAGGCCCCAUAAAAGCGGCUGUAACGGCCCAGACACCAGAGCCCAGACACCAGAGCCGUCCUAGACUUCACAGCAGGACAGCUAGCCAGACGGCACAAUGGCACUGACCGUGCGGAUCCAGGCUGCCUGUCUGCUGCUCCUCCUCCUGGCCAGCCUGACCAGUGUCUCAGCUCUGCACCAGACAACACAGCUUGCAGACCUCCAGACCCAGGAUACAGCUGGAGCCACAGCUGGCUUGAUGCCUGGGCUGCAGAGACGGAGGCGGCGAGACACUCACUUCCCCAUCUGCAUCUUCUGUUGUGGCUGCUGUUACCCAUCCAAGUGUGGGAUCUGCUGCAAGACAUAGUCUCCCUGCCCUCACGCCCUCCCUUAUUUAUUCCUGCCGCCCUCGAACACUUGGUAAAUGUCUCAGAAUAAAAUGACUGUUCCAGCUUUUAUUUUCCAAA